CCCAAAUACCAGAACAGAAACGAACUGAACAAUUCAGAUUCAGAUUCAGAGAGAUUUUGUGAGGGCUACCCGCCUUGGAGAACAAGAGAUUGAAUUUUGAUGAGAUGGGGUGCAUGUUAUCAACGCUUAAGUAUUCCAGGGAAAAAAGGAGGAGGUCAAGAAAUGUUGGGGAGAUUGUUGUGUUUGUUCCCGGAUUGAGAACUCCUAAAGCUAUGGACUUCUCUGGACAACUUGGUGAUGGGUUGUCUAGGAGUUUGGUGGAGCGCCUAUCGGCUCUUAGGACUAGAAUUGUGGUGAUGGCCGGCGAAGAAGGAUUGGUGCCUGCAAAAUCAAGAAGAGUAGCCACAAGACAUGGAGGCUCGGCCAUGGCUGAUCUUCAGCAGGCUCUUGAAGAUUACCUCCCAGUUCUGCUGGGACUAGCUCAAAACGCACACCAGCUACAACAUAAAUUGCAAUUUGUUUGGAUAAAUCAGGAAGAUGACACAGAGGAGACGGCCAUGUCAAAUUGUUGGUAUGAAGUACUCUCGGUUUUGCACUUGAUGGCCAUGCUAUCCUUAUUGCAGGCUAACUUAUUGCUUCUUCCCAAAACACCUGCUGAUGGUUACCAGUCAACAUUAUCAGAAGAGAGCAGACGAGCUUCCAUCGAUAUUUUUCUCAAGGCAGCAGGAUAUUUAGAUUUUGCUAUCCAACAUGUUCUCCCUCAGUUCCCACCUGAACUCAGGAAAGAUCUACCAUUGGACCUGGCAGAAGGUGUGCUACGAGCUCUUUGCCUGCAAGCACUCAGUCAGGGUGUAGAUAUUCAACUUGGAAUGGCAAUUGAUAGUGUUAAAGCUACAACAGCAGUAAAGCGAAGGCUCGCAUGUGAGAUGGUAACAUAUUGGCAUCAGGCUCAACAAACCAUUACCGACUUUCCACUAGCAAAUGAAUGGGGGGAAAAGCAUAAGCUUUUUGUCACCUGGAAGUAUAUUGAAUCCAAGGUUGCUGCAUACUAUUAUCAUAGUUUAAUCCUUGAAGAGGGGAACAGUGAAAGAUCUCAUGCAAUGGCUGCAACCGCUCUACAAGCAGCAGAUGAAUUUCUCAGAGAGAGCAAGAAGGCCUGUGAGGCCUUCAAUGAGGCACCUCCUUUAUCAAGAAAUCCACCAGUUUGGGGGACGAUUAAAUACCUCCUAGAGAAGUUCCCCAAAGAUGCUUCAAGCAAGGUAAAAGAGAAGCAAGAUCCAUACAGUCAUGAAAGGAUCAUGCAGAUGGCUCCAGCAUUGCCAGAAUUUGCAUUGUCAUUGAAACCUGAUGAGUAUCGGUUUCCUCCGGUGGACCCAUCGUGGAACAAUGAGUUACAGGGAUCAAACUUGCCUUCAACCAGGUGAAAAGGCAUACAGCAACUCAGGCAAAUCAAGAGAAAAGCCUAGCUGGUUGCCUUCGACGAUCAGGAGCCAUUUUUUCAUCCUACCCUUAUAGAUAACUAGUCUGGGUAUAUCAGCAGACCGUAUGAAAAAUGCCUCCUAAAAAAAAUCGUUAAAUGUUCAUUUUCUUGGGUCCCCAAUUUCUACUAAUUUUCCUAGUUAUCAAUUCUUCUUCACUUCAGUAACUUCAAAAUGGUAAGGCUUAGGGAAUGAGUUUGACAAUGAAAGAGUAACUAGAAACA